AUGAAAGUUGUAAAGCAUUUACUGGUGCAACUUCAAAAUGUAUACAAUAAAUUACAAGAUGAAUAUGAAAACGCUAUUAUGGAAAAGUAUGGUUAUACUGGAAAAUGUUAUACGGCUGCACUUAUAAUAUUUGGUAUUUGCAGUGUAUUUACUUCUAUUAUCGCUGAAUUUUUAUUGACUACAUCUAAUGUCAUUUUACCGAUAAAUGCAUCUCAAGCUCAUCGAAUGCAAUUCACAACGGAAUACUUUAUCGAUCAGGAAAAAUAUUUCUCUUUAAUUCUAUUACAUAUAAACGCAGCAUUUUGCAUAGGAUUGUUUGCAAUAAUAGGGAUAGGAACAAUGUUGUUUGUAUAUUUUCAAUUUACAUGUGGAAUGUUUAAAAUUUCCAGUUAUCGUAUUGAACGCGCAAUGAAAAUCAAUAUGCUGAAAAAUAUUACUACAAAAAACGAGAAAUUCAUAUUCGAAGGAAUAAUUUGUGCUAUAGAUAUUCAUCGGCAAGCUAUGAAAUUGUCCGAAUUGUUGAUAUCUAAAUUUGAGAUAAUGUUGCUCUGUCUAAUAGCAGUUGGAGUGACUUCUCUGAGUACCAACCUCUUCAGACCAACUAUACCGGACAAAAUAUUAUAG